AUGGCUUCCCGACUGUUUAAUGCGGAGAGUUACCAACCUGAGAGAAAGUUUGCAUUGACUCAGUUUUCAGAAAUACGGGAGAUGGGUUGCAAGGUGCCUCAGCAUAUAUUACAGCAAUAUUUAGAAAAUCUGCAAGAAAGCCGUUUUGAGGAAGACGACCUGUUUUUUGGACCUGGUAUGCCGAGACUGGGAAUUGGAAUGGAUACUUGCGUCAUUCCCCUUAGACACAGAGGUCUUUCUUUGGUCCAGACGACUGAUUUCAUUUAUCCGAUUGUUGAUGACCCGUACAUGAUGGGUCGCAUUGCCUGUGCCAAUGUCCUAAGUGACCUAUAUGCUGUAGGAGUCACCAAAUGUGAUAGCAUGUUAAUGCUUCUGGGGGUGAGUAAUAAAAUGACAGGAAAGGAAAGAGACAAAAUCAUUCCAUUGAUCAUCAAGGGAUAUAAGGAUGUGGCAGAGGAGGCCGGAACAACAAUAACUGGAGGCCACACCAUUUUAAAUCCAUGGAUUCUUGUAGGUGGAGUGGCAACCACCGUAUGCCAGACCAACUGCUUUAUUAUGCCAGACAAUGCUGUCCCUGGAGAUGUUCUUGUUUUAACGAAGCCCUUGGGGACACAGGUCGCUGUUGCAGUUCACCAGUGGCUGGAUAAUCCUGAAAAAUGGAAUAAAAUUAAGCUGGUGGUAACGGAGGAAGAGGUCGAGUUGGCAUAUCAGGAGGCGAUAACCAACAUGGAUAGACUAAACCGGACAGCAGCGAGCUUGAUGCACAUCUUCAACGCCCAUGCAGCAACGGAUAUCACGGGGUUUGGGAUUUUGGGACAUGCGCAGAACCUGGCCCGGCAGCAAAGGAACGAAGUGUCAUUCGUCAUUCACAAUCUCCCUGUAAUCGCCAAGAUGGCUGCCGUGAGUAAAGCCCGUGGAGAAAUGUUUGGCUUAGUGCACGGCAUGUGUCCGGAGACGUCCGGCGGCCUGCUCAUCUGUCUGCCUCGUGAGCAGGCUGCUCGUUUCUGCGCCGAGAUAAAGUCUCCCAGGUAUGGCAAAGGCCACCAGGCCUGGAUCAUAGGAAUUGUAGAGAAGGGCAGCCGCACGGCACGGAUCAUUGAGAAGCCCCGCAUCAUUGACGUAACAUCUUCACAGUCCACCUCCCAGAACGUGAGUCCUGCUGUCCCCCCUUAA